UGCUUAGCAACGACGAACGCUCUCAUGGUGUCGGCCGCUAGCUUGUGCUGAUUAGCUUGGGUGGGGGUACAGCAUUUUGUGGGAGGAACUCUACGAUGGAUGAUGAAGAUUUGGACGAAUUGCUGGAUGAAGUCGAGAAAAAGUUUUGUCGCAACGUUUCAAUCGCGUCUUCAGCGGCUCGCACCAACUCAAAUGUGGCUGGAAAACACGAGAAAUACAAAGACGGACAGAAAAAGCACGGUGCUACAAAGCCUAAAGAGUCAGUGAACAGUGUCACUGAGGAUAUUGACGCCCUGCUGGAGGAAUUACAGGAGGAAGACUGCAGUCAUUUCCCUCAGCCAAAGGCUGAGCAGUUUCCUAAAGGGCCACAUGUGGAAAAGAGGCUUCCAUCUCAGUCAGGAGGACGAAAGUGCUGUCCUGUUUUUAUUGGCGGGAGCUCUGUCGCAAAUGGUGUCGGAACAGCCGCAUCCAAGAGAUCAUGUGACCAGCUGAGGUGUAUAUCCUGCGACUUUCGGGUGCUGAUGUUUGAUGACUGUGAGUGGGAUUCAACCUGUGAUUACCUGUUCCUCAGGAACAACAUGCCGGAACGUCAGAAGCUCGGAACCAAGCUGAAGAAGAGGAGAGGCUUGCGGGCGUACGCCUGCCAGUGCAGCUGGAUCUCCACGUUAGAGCCGACAGACCUCAGGGGCCAACCUCAGCUCAGAUGGCAUGUCUUCUAUCCUCUCUUCCUUCUCUCUCCCCAUCCGGGUCGCAGCAAAGCCUGGUUCUGCCGGAGGUUUCUUCCUGUUAAAAGGGAGUUUUUCCUUCCCACUGUCGCCAAAGUGCUUGCUCAUAGGGGGUCAUAUAAUUGUUGGGUUUUUCUCUGUAUGUAUUUUUGUAGGGUCUGUCUUAUAUAGCGCCUUGAGGUGACUGUUGUUGUGAUUUGGUGCUGUAUAAAUAAAAUGGAAUUGAAUAGAAUUUAAUUUAAUUGAAAGUCAGUAAUUAAUAUCAUCACCUUUAUUCUUCAACACAUCCAGUCUUAUGUAAACGUUCUUGUAAUAGCUCUCCAGGCUUCUUGAAGAACACUGAAAACUCUUCUUUGGAUGUUGGCUGCGGUUUGUUCUGUUCUCUGUCAAGACAAUCCCACACUGCAUCAAUAAUAUUAAGGUCAGGGCUUCGUGUGUUUUUCUAUCCAGUUAUGCUUUUAUUGCAUUGACUUUGUGUUUGUCAACUCUGUCAUGCUGAAAAAUAAAGCUGUUGCUUAAUAAAAAAAAAAAAACACCCCAAAACAUUCCUCCUAAAAAGAUGGAGGUACAUGGGCUGGACUGAGAAUGAGUGAAAAAGCAGCCAUUUUCCCCAAAAAAUUUGAAAGACCUUCACAAAAACUUGAGAAUUAUUUCUCAAGACCACUUUGAAAAGUAUGAAAGCAAAAUGUGAAGAAAUGCAGGGUAACUCUAGACUUUUGCACAGUACCCUAGUUGAAUACUAAAUUUUAUAACAUGCCUUUAGUUUUACAUAAAAAAAAAUAAAUAAAUAAAAUUAGAGUUCAUUCUUUUUCCUCCUCAUAUUGUUUUCUAUGAAGUCCAAUAUACACAGAAUGAAAGCUCAAAUCAGCAUGUACAUAUAUAUAAGGUGUUGAAUAACACCAUAUAUUAUGGUGCCAUCAUGCCGCACAGCAAAUGUCAGGGUAGAGCGCAUAUCGGUGGUUAUAUAAUACGAGUCAUACAUUAAUAAUCGUGGAGACUUUUACAGGAAGAUUUUGUGUUUUUCAGUAAACAACUAGACCGCAUCACAUCUGCCACGGGUGGAUGAGUGGUGGAUAAAUGUUCUUCAGUCUUCUCCAGCGCUCCAUAAUCACACAUAUUGUGUUUAAUACCGGCAAAAUCAUUGCUGAGUUGUUCAUAAUGACAGUUUUUGCUUUCUUCCUUUAAGUGGGAAAUAAUGAUUUGAUCAUGAUUCACACAUGAGUCCUCCUGAGCAGCGAUGGGUAAGACAAUGCCGCGUUACCCAUUGCUACACCUGCGUCCAUUGUUUUCUCUUGUAUGUAAGUGUUCACACCAGCAGUGUAUUGAUGUGCAUCAUCUCAUCAGGAGAUGUCCUACUUCCAAGCAUUAACAUUCAUGAGCGUGCGCUGCAGCUUUCAGCCCAUGUCGGGCACUUCGCUUUGCUGCCAGUGAAUCAUUUUUCCUAGCUGAGAUGUCAGUGAAAUAGUUGCUGUGAUUACAAAGUCAUCAGACAAAAUAAGAAGUGAUCACAGCAAAAGCUUUCUACUCAAAAAUACAAAACCAGUAUUUUCAGAAUUAUUUCUGCGGACUAUUUUAAAAGGCUUCACUUUGGAGUAUAAAAAGCUUCUUUGAGCGAAUGAAGAGUGAAAGCUUACUGUGACGUGAUGCAACACAGACGCAACCAAACCCUGUAAUUUUUCUUUAGCAUGACAAGCUUCUAAAAGCAAAGCAAGGACUGACGUGAAAACUUAGAAGGUUGUAAAGCUGCUGGAUACUAAAAGACUGAUAAUGUACAACUGAUUAGUCUGAUGACUGUGAUUAAAUAUCUU